AGCACACACAAACACACGCGUCCACGCACACACGCACACAACAACACACACUUAUACACACUCUCCGAGCUCAGAGGAGAGAGAGCGCAGAGAGAGAGAGAGAUAAACAGAGGGAGAGACUAUAGGAACGCGGCGACUUGUGCGUGCGUGUGCGCGCGCGUGUGAAGCUACGCUCGCUCGGUGGAAGAAACGACUGGCGGGGCGGAUAUGGAGGGGCUCGGGAACAACGCUGGGAACUGACCGAGCACCGACACCACGAAGAGAGGGACGCGGAGAGAGAGAGAGGGCGAGGACGGACCAUACGGAAGGAAGGAAAGGAGGAGAGGAGGAGAGACAGAAGUCUGACAGAGGAGCGGAGGACUGUGAAGAACGGGCUCGUCUGGACCUCAGGAGGAUCCUAAGCAGUGAGCCCUGGGCUGGAUGGGUCCCACCAUGCCCCCCAGUAAGAAGGCCCAGAGCCCCAGUAGCGGCGCCGGCGCCUCUCGGGGCUUGAGCCCGUCGCUCCGGCAGGGCGGCGCCGCCACGUCGGAGGCGGACGCCGCCGACCUGUCGCUGUCGCUGUGCGCCUCCUUCUCGCGGGCGGAGGACGAGGAGCUGGCCGGCCUGUCCGCCUCCUUCUCGCGGGCGGAGGACGAGGAGCUGACCAGCCUGUCCUGGCUCCAGAGCACCGACCUCCUGAACAGCUUCAGCCACUCGGGUCUGCGCAGCGUGUCGCCGCUGCAGGACCCCGACGGGCCGCGCCGGCCGCGCUCGCCCUCGCCGCCGCGCCCGACGACGCCGCCGGCGACACGGCGCCUGCGACGGGCGGCGGGCGCCGACAGGAAGCCGCCGUACUCCUUCAGCUGCCUGAUCUUCAUGGCCAUCGAGGACGCGGCCGACAAGCGGCUGCCGGUGAAGGAGAUCUACGGCUGGAUCCUGGAGCACUUCCCGUACUUCUCCGGAGCGCCGACCGGCUGGAAGAACUCGGUGCGCCACAACCUGUCGCUCAACAAGUGCUUCAAGAAGGUGGACAAGGACCGCAGCCAGAGCAUAGGUAAAGGCUCCCUGUGGUCCAUCGACCCUGAGUACCGGCACAACCUGAUCCAGGCCCUGAAGAAGACUCCGUACCACCCCUACUCGCCCGGCCUGGCCACGCCCUCCCCCUCCCCCGCCCAGGCCUUCCACCGCAGUCCUCCGCUGUGGUCGGGGAGUCCCCUCUUCAGAAAGAACGGAGGAGUCCUCCUACAAGUUCCCCGGGGCGUGAUCCAAAAUGGCGCUCGCAUCAGGAGCCAGGCGCUCUUCCCCGUGAUCAGAGCCCGACCCGUGAGCCCCGUGGGGAGCAGGACCUCGGCCAUACGAUCCUCCCUGGGGGAGUUCCUCAGCCGGGCGCCGGGCAGCCCGCUGUGCGGCGAGGACCUCCAGGACGACCACACCUACAGCACCGCCCAAUCCCCCAGCAGGCCGUGCUCCUCCGGCGCCGGCAGCCCGACCUCUCCGAUGGACGACGACAUCAUCGCCGUGGAGAUCCAGUCGGACGUGAAACCCGAGCCGCGGGAGAUCCCGCUGGACUCCCACAUCGCCGCCGCCUACAUUUCCCAGCAGGCCGCGCGCGGACAGAGACGUAGCUCGGGGCCGGGCGCCGGGCCCCCCGCGGGAGGUGGGGCGCCCUGGACCAAAAACCGAGCGCGGGGCGCCGGCGAGACGCUGCCGCUGAAGAAGCGGCGCGCGGCGGCGGUGGAGAAGCCGCCGGAGAGCGACGACGAGGAGAUGAAGGAGGCGGCGGGGUCGCUGCUCCACCUGGCGGGGGUCCGGGCCUGCCUCAACAACAUCACCAACCGCACCGCCAAGGGCCAGAAGGAGCAGAAAGAGGCCCUGAGGAACUGACACACACACACACACACACACACACACACACACACACACACACACACACACACAUACACACACACACACACACACACACACAGGGCAACAGGUUCUCCAGCAUCAGACUCUUCAUCCCUCUCUCUCUGCAGGGCAUUAGGUGAAUCCUACUUAUUUGUGGCAAUAUCAAAAAUCUAUGUUUUCCUACAUGUCCGGCGACACGCCGCCGUGGUGUCCUCACGCGUCUGUUGUUCUGUUGUUGUUGUUGUUUAAAAGGGGAUGAAAGCCAUAAACAAAACGCAUGCGUUGUCACUGAUUUGGACGAGGAGCGACUCGCGCGGCGGACGGCCGUUCGCUCGUUCCCGUGGGAAUCUGUAGCAAUCUCGCGCGGUGACGCCAGCAAAAGGGGGUGGAGCCUAUCCAACGAGAUCUCCCGCAUCCAUGAGCACAAAUGUGAGACUGUGCCAAAGAAGAAGAAAAAACGACCAGGCUGCUUUCAUGUAGCCGACAACCACAGCUGAGGAGGAGGAGGAGGAGGAGGAGGAGCGUGCAAAUAAUUGUAAAACCCAAUGUGAUAUAUAAUCAUGCACUUAAGAUUAUUUAACACCACUUAUAAUAGACGCAUCAUGGGUAACGACGUGGUUUUAUUUCAAGAGCACUCAUAGUAUUUAAGAAUAGAUAUUUAAAAAGAAUAAAAAAAGGUCAUGUUUUUAUCACCAUAGCGAUGGAUAGCGUGCCGGGUCCGAGGCAAUAUCUCCUCCAUGUUGUUGUUGUUGUUGCAUCACGUAAACGUCCCUGAAGCUUCCCCAGUAUGCCGUCGCCGGGUGUCGACACCGCGGCUCACCUUCCUCUUCAUCACGAGGCAGAGCGCUGAGUUCUGCUGCCGUCUGUUUACCCUCAUAAAGAUAUAAGCAAUUUGUCCCACGCGGACAACUCUGUAAAAAGGUUAGAAAAUAUUUUAUUUUUUUCCUUUUUUUUAAUUGAAGCAAUUUGACCUGCAGGACUUUUCUCAGUUAUAUUGCAUGGGUGCUUGUAAAUAAGAUAAGAAGCAAAUCUUUUUUAUUCAAAGAUCAUGUAAGAUAAACGAUGUAUUUAGCAUGAAGCAUGACUUAUUUUCAUAUAAACCUUGUUCCUAGAGGAAAGAAAAAAGUUUCUGCCGCCAAUUCUUAUACCCCGUGAUUAUAUUGGAAUCUGUUUUGUUCUUUCUUUUGAAUCUUUUGUUUUCUGUU